GCGGAGGCUGAGUGAGGGAGGCUGAGUGAAACACGUUGGCUGAGUGUCAGUUCUCCCCACACGUCUGUGUUGAGCGGAGCUAUUCCUGGAGCUCUCGCAGUUAUGUGGUGGAGUGUCAAGUUCGUACUGUUGGUGUGGGCGUGUAUUAUUGACUUUAACAACGCGCAACAGCAUAAUGUAGGAGUGCCCCUACCAAGCCUUCCGCCCCACCAGGCCCCGACGCAGCACCAUGGAGUACCUAUUUCCUCUCAGCAGUCGCCUGGCUUUGGACACGGAGUGCCUCUACCUCCCCAACAAACGCCUGGCGUUGGAGUCGGAGUGCCUCUACCCACCCAACAGACGCCUGGCAUUGCAUUCGGUGGCCCUAUUCCUUUCCAGCAGACGCCUGGUGUUGGGGUGCCCUUGCCUCCACCAGCUCCAGGCAGUGUUCACCUAGGAUCAAACUUUGGUCCUGUACACCCUGGACAGAUAGACACGGUGGUGGUGCCUCUCGGGGAGAAUGUGGGAGUUCCUCUUCCUCCGCCUGGUUCUGGUGGUGUAGGACACCCACAUUCCCCUGGAGGUGUUCCAUUACCACCCUACCACACCGUUGAUGCUACACAAGACCUGCCAACACCAGGAGGAGUACGGCCUGUGCGAGAACCUGAAUUGGACAGUGAUGUACAACGUGUGAUGAGAUUGUCACUUAUUAAUAGCUUUAUACAAUCCAAGACUGAUGCGGACUCCGCUGUCAAGAUCAGUGAUUUAGUCAGUGCACACAAACAGGUUGUGUCUGGCUUGCUUGUAUACCUUACUUUGAAGGUUGGAGAGACCAAAUGCCCAAUUGGAACUUCAGAUCUCCAUGUGUGUGCUUUUGACCCAACAGAGGAUAUGCACAUUUGUGAAAUUGUUAUUUGGGAAAGGCAGUGGCUCAAUAGCUCAAAGGUUAUUGAUGAAAAAUCCAGGUGCGCUGAAACAGAAGAUGACAACGACUUUAACAGCUGGGGAUCAUUCCAUCACCUGUUGCCCUCCCCAUCAGAUGUGACGCUGGCAGAGUUGCCUGAGGGAAUUAAUGAAAAUCAGCUGGGCAUUGAGGCAUUUAAUUAUAUAGACCAUGGCUCAGAGUCUAAGUUCAGAGGAGAGUUGAUCAGCUCUGACCUUGGCAACAUUAUGUUUGACCCAUUAAUGAACACAACUAAAGUGCAAGUGAAUGUGGAAUAUGGUUUCAACCUUUGCUUGAAGUCACUCGACGAGAAGACUGACCCCAGGUCGUGUCCCCGAGAUGUCCAGCGUGACCACUACAUCUGUUCUGUUAUUGUGGUUCAUAACCCAAACCAAAUAUCAGGUCUGGAGGUGGUGCCGAUCCUGGAGGGUGAUGCUGAUAUACGGUGUGAAAGAAAGCGAAGUGUAGAGGAGGAGUUGGUCAUCCCAGUGAGAUACCCUUGUGCGGGAUGCCCUCAGCCAGCCCCUCUCAAUGAUCCUACCAUCCUGGAGAUUGCUGAUUUUGCUCUGAAGGAGUACGACAGGAAUGCUGAUGAAGAAGAACUCCACCUGGUUCUUCGGCUCCUGAAAGCUCACACACAGGUUGUUGCUGGUCUAAAGUAUUACCUGACCAUUGAGCUGGCACAGACAGACUGCAAGAAGACUUUGACUGGUGUUGAUGUCAACAGAACUUUCUGUAAACAAGAUCUAGAUGAAGAAACUAAAAUAUGUGACUUGCAAAUUGUUGACCAGCCAUGGGUUCCUGCCAGAGAUCUUGUUUCAGCACAGUGUUAUGACAAGGAUGAUUAUCGUGAGUCAGGCCAGGAUGAAUUCAUUGUGCCUGUUGCCCUGGGAGGUGGCCUGAGCUCUGCUUCACCUGGCUUAGUGUCAUCAUUUAGAUCUCGCUCAUCAUUACUGGGAGGUCACAGUCCAAUCGAGAUUGAUGAUGAGACAAUGGAAGUGGUCAAGAUGAUUGUGGAUGAAUACAAUAGACGGGAGGAUGAUUCUGAAUAUUACAAAUUGGUGAAGGUUCAUGAAGCAACCUCACAAGUGGUGUCUGGAAAGAAGUACACUCUGGUGGUAGAGUUAGGAGAAACCAACUGUCGCAAGUUUGACCCAACACUUGGCAAUGGUGAACACUGCUUGUUGGAUCCUACUGAGGAACAUGAAGUGUGCAAAGCAGAGGUCCAUGAACAGGCAUGGCUUCAGACUCCUGAUUUCCGCAAAAUUAUCUCUUUCACCUGCGAUGACCUGGAUGACUAUUUACGCCACAAACUCAUGUCUAACCUCAAUUCAUUUGACUUUAUGGAUCAUCCAUUCCUGGAUGUCUCACAAGACACAAGUGCAGGUUUCCAAUCUGUUGCAGCAAAUGACUCUAAUGUACAACAAGCUGCUGCUUUUGUCACAGAGCAAUAUAACCUGAGGGCGGACGAAGAUGAGGUAUAUACUCUUACGCAGGUCAUCAGUGCAUACCAACAGGCUGCAUCAGGUGGUGUUAAUUAUCAUCUUGAGAUUGAGUUAGCCGAGACCCACUGCAAGAAAUAUUUCCCAAUUGCUGACCCCAGUCGCUGCCCAGUUGACCACUCUGAGGAGAAGGAAGUGUGCCAGGCUGAAGUCUCCGUACCACAAGCACCUGGAAGCAGCAGGCAUCUCAACAAACUGUACUGUGAUGAAACAAGUGAUUACUACACCAGAAAGUAUAGAGGAAAGCUUGGACGUGUAAGCUCUUUUGACCAUCAAGCAUCUGCAUCUGGUCCUCAUGGUGGGCUGUGGACUCAAGCUGAUAUCAAUGAUAAAAGUCUUGCAAAGUACGGUCACCUCAUUGCUGACGAGUUUGAUUCACGAUCUGAUGAAGAUAAUUUGUUUAUCUUCCAUAAGGUCCUACAAGCCCGCAAGCAGAUUGCUUCAGGAAUUAAGUAUCACCUUGUGGUUGAGCUGAAGGAGACAGUGUGCCCCAAGUACAAGCGUCGCAUCAACAAGGCCCGCUGUGUUCCAGACAUUGGUGAAGAACCUAUGGUGUGUGAAGCAAAUGUCCUCACCCAACCAUGGCUCAAGAGACAAGUUGUGACUGAUCUACGGUGUGCUGAGAAGGAUGAUUUCUUUGAGGCAGAUGAUUCUGUUGAAGUUCUAUACCCCAAAGUACAUCCAUCUGCUCAUGCACGGCCAGUGUUUCAGAGUCAGUUUUUGAUCAGGAGCAGUGAUGAGAGUGAUGAGAGCAAUGAGCGUUUCUACGAUCCAUCCGGACCGGCAUCCAGCAACAGCCACGAGUCCAACGAAGAUGAUUCUGAUGAACGUUUCUAUCACCCGUCCGGUCGGAUGAACUUCCAUCGUCAUGAUAGUGAUGAGGACGAUUCCGAUGAACUCCCAAACUUCAGAGGCAAGAGAGCUGCUGCAGGGGGAUAUGAAGUUGUAGAUCUCUCUGAAGAUGUCAAUAGUGUAGCAGCACGUGCCCUUGCAUCUGCAGAUUCAGGGUCUGAAUACAACAGGAUUGUUGAUAAUGUGAUCAGUGCUCAGCGGCAGGUAGUGGCUGGAUAUAACUGGAAACUGAAGAUAGCAGUGAGUUGGACGACCUGUAGGACUGAAGCCCAAGUGCAGGACUUGAGUCAGUGUGAGAAGGACACUAGUAAACCCAGCAGUAUUUGUAAUGUCGAUAUUUAUGAGAAACCAUGGGAAGAAAUUUUCCAAGUAACUAAAAUAAUUUGCAGAGAUGUACAAGACAAACAGUGAGUGAUGAAGGAGCUUAUUUAAUUUUUUUUUAGCAUUAGCCUGGAUAUUUUGCAGAGGAAAUGAUGCUUUCCUUAAUUUUAAAAUAAUUUGAUUCACUGAGAGGCAGUAAAACACUCAUCUGAUGUAUACUUGUGGUGCAUUAGUAUUAUUAUUACUACUACUGAGUUUGACUAUGUUAGAGUGAUAUUAUUUUUAACUGGAUCUUGCAGUAGUGACAGAUCAUCAUCAUGGAGGGUAUUUUUUUAUCAAAUUUAUAUGCUCCUCUUAGUUAUAUAUACAGGUAUAGGAUUUUAAAUUAUUCAUUACAGUAAAGUUCAUGAACAAGGAUUUAUAGGAACUGUAUAGGUUAAAACCUGUACAAUAUAGGUUCAUGGGGAAAUUCUGUUGUUCUGCAAAAUAAUUUUGUAAUGUUAAUACCACAAAUAUUAGCUAAUAUAAAAAUAGUAGACUGGUUGCUAACAGGUACUAGACUAGUUGGCAUAGGUAGUAAACCAGUAACCCACAGGUACUAGACCAGUUGGCACAAGUAGUAAAACAGUUAGCACACAUACUAGACCAGUUACCCACAGGUCCUAGACUGAUUGAUACAAGUACUAGACCAGUUGCCCAUAAAUACUAUACUGGAUACGCCCACAAGUAGUAAACUGGUUUUGUCUCAAGUUCUAAACUGGUUGGUACAGGUAAGACUGGUAGGCACAGGUAGUAGACCGGUUGGCCUCGGUCGCCCAUGGAAGCACUACCGUGGGAGAGGUGAAAGAUUAUUUCCUCUCCUCCCAUUGAUGGUUAUUUUCUGUGGUCACAUUCACUCUGCAGAGCCACUUGGUAUCUGCUGCAUUUUCUUGAACUUAAUAUAAUCCUUUUAAUAAAUACUAUUUUCCCAUG